GGCGGGAACAGAAUCCUCUUCCAAUCAAUUUCCUGUCUCGCCCUCUGGCUCCUUGGGAAGGCAGGCGGCCCGCUUUAGAGUUAUCACUGCCAUUCUCCGAAGCGGGCGCUGACCGUCCCCAUGUGGGGACUGCAGCGGGGGCGAUCCAGAUGGCGGAGGAGGGGACCGAGGGCACCGUGCAUCUGCUGUGCCUCGCCGCCUCCAGUGGGGUGCCCCUGUUCUGCAGGAGCAGCCGCAACGGCGCCCCAGCUCGCCAGCAGCUCCCUUUCUCUGUCAUCGGGUCCCUCAAUGGAGUCCACAUGUUUGGGCAGAAUCUCGAGGUGCAGCUGAACUCUGCGAGGACCGAGAACACGACCGUGGUGUGGAAAAGUUUCCAUGACAGCAUCACCCUCAUUGUUCUGUCUUCUGAGGAGGACACCUCGGAGCUAAGGUUGGAAAGACUACUCCAGAUGGUGUUUGGGGCUAUGGUUCUUCUUGUGGGACUGGAAGAACUGACCAAUAUUCACAACGUAGAGAGACUGAAGAAGGAGUUGAGGGCUAGUUACAGCCUCAUUGACAGCUUCCUGGGGCACUCGGAGCUCAUUGGGGACUUGACCCAGUGCGUGGACUGUGUGAUUCCUCCAGAGGGGUCCCUCCUACAGGAAACCCUCUCUGGGUUUGCCGAGACCUCUGGCACAGCCUUUGUCAGCUUGAUGGUGUCAGGCCGGGUGGUGGCAGCCACAGAGAGCUGGUGGCGGCUGGGGACACCGGAGGCCGUGCUGCUGCCCUGGCUGGUGGGGUCCCUGCCGCCACAGGCUGCUCGUGACUACCCGGUGUACCUGCCACACGGGAGUCCCACGGUCCCGCACCGGCUGCUGACCCUGACACUACUGCCGGGUUUGGAGCUUUGUCUGCUGUGUGGACCGCGGCCUCCCCUCAGCCAGCUGGAUCCUCAGCUCCUGGAGCGCUGGUGGCAACCCUUGCUGGACCCGCUGCGGGCCUGCCUGCCGCUGGGACCCCGCGCGCUGCCCGCCGGCUUCCCCUUGCACGCGGACAUCCUCGGGCUGCUGCUCCUCCAUCUGGAACUGAAACGUUGCCUUUUCACAGUGGAGCCCUUGGGGGAUAAAGAGCCUUCCCCUGAGCAGCGCCGGUGCCUCCUCCGUUCCUUCUACACCCUGGUCACUUCCACGCACUUCCCCCCAGAGCCAGGAUCACCAGAGGAGAAAACAGAAGACUCAGCCCACCAGCCCCAAGUGCCUCGAGCCUGCUACUUGGUGUCAGGAACUGAGGAGCCUGGCACAGGAUCUCGGCUGAUGGCCCUCCAGAUGGGGCCCCGGCGGCUGUUCCUGCUGCUGUCCGCACAGAGUCCCAUCCAUGGGCUUCGGGGCCUGGCCACCCACACGCUUCACGCCCUCACCCCACUUCUCUAACCCGGGGGGCUGGAGCUCCAAUUACAGAUAAAGAGCCGGGGACCCAG